UUCCUUGCCUCUCCUCGGCUUCUCCAAGCCAACUUCCCCUUUGUCUUUUUUUUGCAGCCGGCCGGCCGGCGAGGAGAGCAAAGAGAGACCGACUAUUCUGCCUCUUUUGCAAGGGAGCCGGCAGCCCGGGCUUCACACGCCCCGCGAGAGUUAGCGAAGGGAGCUGCCGGCAGCCUGGCUUUCAGCAAAAGGGGCGCCCAGCUGCCAGUUCUGCCUUCCUCGUCUACAAGCAAGUUGAGUUGGUUUGCAGGAACCCAGUCCGGAGGUGGGGGGGAGCUUUCAAUCCUCCAGAGGGAAAAGACAAAAAAAAGAAUUUCAAGACUGGCUAACCACUUGGGUUGAUGGACCCUUUUUCCAUUUUUCAAAAUGGAACCUGUGUCAUUCAGAGUGAAAAACCCCGAGGCAUCCAGCGAUGGUUCGGUGGAUUUCCGCCUUCAGCUGAUUGGUUCCUUGCCGGUGCAUCCUUUAACCACGAUGCCAAUGCUUCCUUGGAUUGUAGCCCAGAUCCGACUCAGCACUCAACCUUUGAAGGAAGACCCCGCCGCUAGCCGAAUUCGGAUCUAUGUCUCCCCUGCCAGGAUACGGUGUGAAGCAGACUCGGGAAACAACCAGCAGUGGGAUCCUUUGAUUUGUUCUAGCCUGUUUGAGUGUAGGCCGCAAAACGUCCACAAACUGAUUCACAACAGCCACGAUCCCAGUUACUUUGCCUGCCUGAUCAGAGAUGGAGCGACGAAUGAGCAAAGCAUCUGCUACGUUUUCAAAGCCGAGGAUCAAACCAAAGUGCCUGAGAUUAUAAGCACCAUCCGACAAGCCGGGAAGAUCGCACGCCAGGAAGAGCUUCAGAACCAACUUUCCGAUGUCCAGGAUCAUUUUAGCAAGAAGUUUGAGGUGCUGUUUUGCGGCCGGGUGACCGUAGCCCACAAAAACGCGCCUCCAGCCCUGAUAGACGAGUGCAUCGAGAAAUUUAACGAUGUGAGUUAUACCCAAAAACUGGACGCGCCUCAUCAAAACGACACCGCCGAUCACUCCUCGAGUGGAUUUUUCAUAAGUGACAAAUUCCGCUCGGUUUUGCAGCCUCUGGUGAGCGAGGAACAGGGCGCUCAGCCUAUGAGGAAAUCUUACUCUCAGCCUGGACUCCGUUCUUUUGCUUUUAAAAGGGACUUGCAGACCUGGAGCCGGAAGAGUAACAGCCUGGCCAGAUCCUUGGAUGAUGACGAGGUCCUAACGCUGAACUUAAAAAGUCAAUUCAUCCAGGGGCAAAACGUACAGCCGACGGAUAUCGCCGGGAACCGGAUUAUGUUGUUCAUGAUUGGGCAGUCCGAAGUUUACAUCAUUAGUCCUGAGACCAAAAAAGUAGUCAUUGAGAAAAGCUUUAAAGAAAUUUCCUUUUGCUCCCAGGGGAUUAGGCACGUGGAUCACUUUGGAUUUAUCUGCAGGGAGCCUUCCAAACACGGAGGCUUCCAUUUUGUGUGUUAUGUGUUCCAGUGUGCAGAGGAAGCCCUGGUGGAUGAGAUCAUGAUGACCUUGAAGCAAGCUUUCAGCGUGGCAGCCAUCCAGCAAAAUUUCAAAGCUCAGCUUCAAUUCUGCGACGAGUGUCCGAUGCAAAUUCUUCAUAAGCUUUGUGAAAAGAUAGAAGGGACGCAUCCUUCUAAAAUUAAGUUGGAACUGCAGAAACAUUUAACAGCGCUGAAUAACCAAGAGCAAGCCUCCAUCUUUGAGGAAGUUCAGAAAAUAAGGCCAAGAAAUGAACAGAAGGAGAAUGAACUAAUCGUGUCUAUGCUGAGAAGCAUGUAUGAAGAAAAACAGAAGGAUCACGUUCACCUGGGGGACGUUAAACAGGCCACGCAAUCUUCUGUAGAAGCUCUGGGAAACGAAAUGCCGAACAACACAACUCGCUUCAAACUAGACAUGCUCAAGAGCAAAGCCAAAAGGUCCCUUACAGAAUCCUUAGAAAAUAUUUUAUCUCGGGGAAAUAAAAGCAAGAGCCUACAGGAAACUUCCGGAAGUAUUGAUUUGGAUAGCUCCAUAUCGAGCACGCUGAGUAACAUCAGUAAAGAUACGUCUGUCGGUGACCAGGAAAAUCAUUUCUCCCUGGAGAGCCCUCUAAAUCCAAAUGGAUCCGUGGACAAUCUUGACCUUCUCUCCACCAUGUUGGAAGGACCAUCUGAAGAACAUCUUGCCCAAUCGGCCUACCAGGGCUUUAGAAGGCGCGCUAACACCCUCACCCACGUUCCGUUGGAGAUCCAGGAGCCGUCUGAAUCUGCGGAAGCGUCUCCGUCUGUUUCGCAAAGAAAACUUCUGAGGUACCAUUCCAUGACCACAGAAACUCCAGACCACCAAAAUCAGCCAUCCGCCACUUCUGCCCUGCCUCCUCCAGCUCGGCUUCAUUCCUCAGCCUCCUCACCCAAUUUCUUCAAGCGCACUAGGCAUAGCUCAAGCGGAGAACAAGGCAGACAUGCCAUGUCAAAGAGCUUCUUGUCAACUACGUUCAGCACCUCCUACCGUUCCUCUCUCCAGCAAAAGCUUCACUCCUGCUCUUCUGUACCCAAUUUCUUAAAAUUCCUGGCUCCCGUCGAUGAGAAUGUCACCUCCGAUUUUAGGAAGUCCACCAGAGAUAACAAAUCCAAGCCAAAAGAAGCAGAUUUGAUCCCCGAGACCCCGGUGAAGGCUCGAAGACAUUCUUGGAGGCAGCAGAUCUUUUUAAGAGUGGCGACGCCACAAAAAGGAUGUGAUUCUUCCGGUUGGCACGAAGAUUAUUCUGAACUGGGAGAAUUGCCACCUCGAUCACCGUUGCUGCCAGUUUGUGAAGACGGUCCCUUCGGCGCCACAAAAGAAGAUAGAAAAAGGACACCCAAGGAGUUGCGGGAACUUUGGCAAAAAGCCAUUCUCCAACAGAUACUCCUCCUUCGGAUGGAAAAGGAAAACCGGAAACUGCAAGCUUCUGAAAACAAUCUACUCAAUAAACGCCUGAAGCUUGAUUACGAAGAAGUCACCCCGUGCCUCAAAGAAGUAAUGUCCGUCUGGGAUAAAAUGCUGACCACACCAGGAAGAUCGAAGGUGAAGUUUGACAUGGACAAAAUACACACUGCUGUUGAGAAAGGAGUCCCUCGGCAACAACGGGGAGAGAUAUGGAAAUUUCUAGCAGAGCUGCACCAACUCAAGCACCCAUUUCCAAAUAAGCAACAGCCGAAAGACACCCCUUACAAAGAGCUCUUGAAACAGCUGACUUCCCAGCAGCAUGCCAUUCUGAUUGAUUUGGGACGCACUUUCCCGACACAUCCCUACUUCUCAGCCCAGCUUGGAGCUGGACAGCUCUCUCUCUACAAUAUCUUGAAGGCGUAUUCCCUCCUGGAUCAGGAAGUAAGCUAUUGUCAAGGCCUCAGUUUUGUGGCAGGGGUGUUGUUGCUGCACAUGAGCGAAGAAGAAGCCUUCAACAUGCUGAAGUUCCUGAUGUUCGAUAUGGGCCUUAGGAAGCAAUAUCGACCCAUGACGAUUGUACAGAUCCAGAUGUAUCAGCUUUCUCGACUGCUUCACGAUUACCACAAAGAUCUUUACAACCACUUUGAAGCCAAUGAGAUUAGCCCCAGCCUCUACGCUGCCCCUUGGUUUCUGACCGUGUUCGCUUCUCAGUUUCCCCUGGGAUUUGUCGCCCGGGUGUUUGAUAUGAUGUUUCUCCAAGGAUCAGAAGUUAUAGUUAAAGUGGCUCUGAGCCUUUUGGGGAGCCAUAAGCUUUUGAUUCUGCAACAUGAAAACCUGGAAACGAUCGUUGACUUCAUUAAAAAUAUUCUCCCCAAUCUAGGCUUGGUACAGAUGGAAAAAAUCAUUAACCAGGUAUUUGAGAUGGAUAUCUCCAAACAGCUGCAAGCUUAUGAAGUGGAAUACCAUGUGCUUCAGGACGAAUUAACAGAUUCUUCUCUCAAUGACAAUCAAAGGAUGGAUAAACUGGAGAAAGCCAACAGUGGUUUACGGAAGCAGAACUUUGAUCUUCUGGAGGAGCUGCAGGUGGCUAAUAGGAAGAUCCACAACCUAGAAGUGAUGGUGGAGGCUCUGCUUCACAACGAAGGCAAAUUGAAGGAGACCGUCCUCCGUCUGGAACGGGAGAGGAAAACGUUGUUAGAAACUCUACAGGAAUUCCACACGCAGCCAGCAAACCCCAGUGGAAAAACUCUUUCCUCCAAGCAAGAACGUAGAGACGCCGCUAACUGAGCAUUGAAGGCUCCACGUAGGAGGAGAAAAAAAAGGGAGACCUCUUUUCUUAUGCAGCUCUUAGAAUUUUUCGUACCGUCCUUUUCCUUCGUCUUCCUUUUCCGAUCACGUUGCACAAAGGAGAAACGUGUCACAGUGCUUGGGUGGAAGAAUCCUACCUGUCUACGUCCCACAGUUGUUCAAACAGUACACAAUCCGGAGUGCAAGCAGAACGGUCUUUAAGCUUUACUAUUAUCUGACACAUUUCCACCUGGUUGUAAACGUCUGGGCUCGUUUACCCUACACAGUACUGCUUUUCGUUCUACGAGUUUCAUCAAAUUUACGCAGGAAGCAAUUGGGGAAAUUUCCAGGCUAAACCUCACGGUCUGCACACUUCUCAAGGAAUUUUCAUUUUAGGAGCAUGCUGGAGUGAUUUAUUUCCCAUUCAAGGGGUUAACGUGUGUUCAUUUAUGGUGCAAUUAUUUCCUCCAAAGCAGAAAAUGGGUUCUACUUAUUCACCUUGUGUUUUUAAAACUUACCCGCGGGGACACUGACAUCAUGAAUUGCAAGAAGCCAAAUGUCAUCCUAUAAUUUUGGGGAACUAUUCUUUCUGCUUGCCAAUGGGAUAAAUAUGGAUUUUUGUUCCUUUUAAUCUGGUUGUAGCAUAGUUGAAUGCUUUAAUAUCUUUCCCUUCUGUCUCUAUGGGCAGAAUCUGAAGCUGUCAUAUCAUUAUCAUUGAUUAUGCCUUGAAAUGUUACUUUAUUUAUUUUUUCAACCAUUGUGCUAUAAGCUUUUGUUUUUUGAAUGCAAAGCUAGUCUUUCCCCAUUUUAAUUCCAGGAGCUCAGUCAGAUAUCAAGCAGCUUCAAACAUCACUUUUAAAAAUUCCGGAGCCACUUAUUUAAAUGAAAGAACUAAGAUACCCCUAUACAUGUUGCACUUAGAAGCAAUUUAUGGUCUUAAAACGGUUUUAUAAAAAAAAAUAGUUGUAUUAUUUUUCAUUAGGCGUGCAGGCAUUGUUGUGCAUUGAAUAUAUAUAUAUAUAUUCUGUCUGUUGAAUAUUGGAAUAGUUAAAAGACUUCAGGUAUUCUGCAAACAGUCUAGGAUUCAUCACUGCUCAGUCAAAAUUUUAAUCAGAAAGGUUGGUUAAGGUCACAUUUGCCUGUUUUCAAACUGGUUUGCAGGUUGGCGAUUUUAAAAGUUUUAAAUUAGUCACAUAAGGAUGAUGAGACUCAUUGAGUGGGUUUUCCACGGAGGGAAAUAGAUCUGUACUUCUAGGUGUAUCUGCCCUACAAAUGUAACUUGAUUUAAUUACUAUUUCAUCCUGGGGGGGGGGGAGAAAGAGUUCCAUUUUUAGGAGAGCGUGACUGUCUCUGAAAGAUAAUUUUAAAUAUCCUUGUCAAAUUAAUUCAUUUGACCCUCGAAAGAAAAGCAGAACAAAGUAGCAGGCCUCCCCCACCUGAUGUAGUGUGGUUAUUUCUUAAAUGAGAGUUGACUGCAUUAAAUAACCAAUGUUCUUUGUUUCUAAAAGUUAACACUGGCUCCUUGGAAAUAACAGUUGCAAAGUCACCACAGGGUUUUGCAUUGAUAAAUAUUUGGUCAUGACAAUCUAUUGACUUUGCUGCUAUUUGGUUUGGUGUUAAGCAUCAUCUCCCCCACGUUUGUAUCUCUGUUUUUCCAUAAUUAUUUCAUACUGCCAGCAUCAGAUAUUUACUGCCAUAUCUAUAUACUGUUUGUGUGCCCAACUACAUUGGAUUUGGACAGAGAUUUGCCCAUCUAUAAGUUUUUUUUUAACACUUAAAAAAAGCAAUAAAUGCCAAAUUCAUGGGAGAUGCUCCAAAAAUCCAGAAAAA